AUGACUCAGCUGUAUAUUUACAUCAGAUUAUUGGGAGCCUAUCUGUUCAUCAUUUCUCAUGUUCAAGGGCAGAAUCUAGACAGUAUGCUCCAUGGUACAGGGAUGAAAUCAGACUCCGACCAGAGAAAGUCAGAAAAUGGAGUAACCUUAGCACCAGAGGAUACCUUGCCUUUUCUUAAAUGCUACUGCUCAGGACAUUGCCCAGAUGAUGCUAUUAAUAACACAUGCAUAACUAAUGGGCAUUGCUUUGCCAUCAUAGAAGAAGAUGACCAGGGAGAAACCACAUUAGCUUCUGGGUGUAUGAAAUAUGAAGGAUCUGAUUUUCAGUGCAAGGGUCCAUUUUUCGAUGGCAGCAUUCGGUGGCUGGUUGUGCUCAUUUCUAUGGCUGUCUGCAUAAUCGCUAUGAUCAUCUUCUUCAGCUGCUUUUGUUACAAGCAUUAUUGCAAGAGCAUCUCAAACAGACGUCGUUAUAAUCGUGACUUGGAACAAGAUGAAGCAUUUAUUCCAGUUGGAGAAUCAUUGAAAGACCUUAUUGACCAGUCACAAAGUUCUGGCAGUGGAUCUGGACUACCUUUAUUGGUUCAGCGAACUAUUGCCAAACAGAUUCAGAUGGUUCGGCAAGUUGGUAAAGGCCGGUAUGGAGAAGUGUGGAUGGGUAAAUGGCGUGGUGAAAAGGUGGCAGUCAAAGUGUUUUUUACCACUGAAGAAGCUAGCUGGUUUCGAGAAACUGAAAUCUACCAAACUGUGCUUAUGCGCCAUGAGAAUAUCCUUGGUUUUAUAGCAGCAGAUAUUAAAGGCACAGGUUCCUGGACUCAACUCUAUUUGAUUACUGAUUACCAUGAAAAUGGAUCUCUCUAUGACUUCCUGAAAUGUGCUACACUAGACACCAGAGCUCUACUUAAGCUGGCUUAUUCAGCUGCCUGUGGCCUGUGCCAUCUCCAUACAGAAAUAUAUGGCACCCAAGGAAAGCCUGCAAUUGCUCAUCGAGACCUAAAAAGCAAAAAUAUCCUCAUCAAGAAAAAUGGAAGUUGUUGUAUUGCUGAUCUGGGCCUUGCUGUUAAAUUCAAUAGUGAUACAAAUGAAGUUGAUGUGCCCUUGAAUACCAGGGUGGGUACGAAACGCUAUAUGGCUCCAGAAGUGUUAGAUGAAAGCCUGAAUAAAAACCAUUUCCAGCCAUACAUAAUGGCUGACAUCUAUAGCUUUGGCCUGAUCAUUUGGGAAAUGGCUCGUCGUUGUAUCACAGGAGGGAUUGUAGAGGAGUACCAGUUGCCAUACUAUAACAUGGUACCCAAUGAUCCUUCCUAUGAAGAUAUGCGUGAGGUUGUGUGUGUCAAACGUUUGCGACCAAUUGUGUCUAAUCGCUGGAACAGUGAUGAAUGUCUACGAGCAGUUUUGAAGCUAAUGUCAGAAUGCUGGGCCCACAAUCCAGCCUCUAGACUUACAGCAUUGAGAAUCAAGAAAACACUUGCCAAGAUGGUUGAAUCCCAAGAUGUAAAGAUUUGA